AUGGAUUCUCUGAUAUACACACUGAUAGAAAUUACGGUCCCCUACUACAAAUCCAAGCACGCUCGGCGGGACCUUGGACUCGAAGGCGAUGACUUAGAGGAGAAAAAGCGUCAGGACAUUGAGAAAAGGGCUUUACUCAUCGAGAAAAGCCUUAUUAAACAUAUUGAGGCGCAAAUGUACUCAGUGCAGUCUUCAUCCAAGCCUGAGACAUUUUAUGAAGUCGAUCUUGAUGCAUUCUCAUGCACAUGUAUCGAAUUUCCUCUUAUUUGCUUUUGCAAGCAUAUUUGUGCUGUUCAGCGUCUCUUCCCCGAAGAAAUAUCCCCUUCCGAUCUCACUGUGCUGUCUCCAGCUCCAAGAGCCAGAAACGAUUCGCUUCCCGUCGAGGAAUCGAGUUAUAUUUGCCGCGAAGCACCAGCACACAUUCUCUCGCGAAUUGCUCAUAGUGCUGCCUCUCUUCGGGCUGUUAUACUUGCUUCUGGUCGUUCAAUCGAUGUCGAAAAAUUGCUUGAGGCAGACAACCUCAUUAAGAACUUGCUUACGGGCUCUGGAGGUACCGAAAUGCCUCCCUCAAUUGAUGUACCACCUAAUAAGAGGACCCACACCGAUUUUCGAGAGGCGUUUGGAUCUCAAUUACCACCUAAAAAGACUCGACCGAAACGUAAAUACCUGGAUCCUUACAGCGCAGGUACUCAAAGCGGAACGAAGGCCCAGUCAGACGCAAAGAAGCGCAAACCACUAUCUUCGGUUCCUAGCAGCCAAAGCACUAGCGAACAGGCACAGCCCAUGUACCAUUCCCUAGCUGCGUACCCUAGCGCUCAGCAGAAUACUCCAUUCGUUGGUUUGCCCCUGCAGAACGUGCCAGGCCGCCAAGAAGAAUUGAAAGUCGAUCAUACGAUCCAGCCGUGCCAACAGUUUGUCAAUAGCGGUCAAAACCUCACUGGACCUUUCAUUCCUGUUCAAGCGAACGCGCCUGUGCGCGCUGGCCACUCAGACAUCAUGCAUUAUCGUCAACAAAUUCGCGGAACGAACACGUUUCAACCGCCAAUGCAGAUGCAAGCACAACCUGCGUCCACGCUCCUUCCAAGUCCUACGAACUUUGCUUGCAAGGACGUAUCAAAUCCGUCUGGUCACCAGAGCCCGCUUUCGUUGGGUACUACACAACAGACGUACGAUACCGUCGCACAAGUCGCGUCAACGAGUCUUCCAAGUCCUACGAACUUUGUUCACAACAGUGCACCAAAUCCCUCCGAGCACCACAAUGCUCUUUCGUCGGAUACUUCACAACAGACGAACGACACGGCUUAG